AUGGGACAGAAAGUAACGACUCCUUUGACUUUGACUUUGGAUCACUGGACUGAAGUAAGGACUAGAGCUCACAAUUUUUCAGUAGAUGUAAAGAAGGGACCAUGGCAGACUUUUUGUUCAUCUGAAUGGCCGACCUUCAAGGUGGGAUGGCCACCAGAGGGAGCUUUUAACCUGUCUCUUAUUUUCGCUGUCAAGCGCAUUAUCUUUCAGGAGGAAGGUGGGCAUCCCGACCAGAUUCCCUAUAUCACCGUUUGGCAGGACCUGGUCCAGAAUCCCCCACCUUGGGUUACACCCUGGACCGUGGGGUCCGGAGCAACGGUGGCAGUUGCGGCAGCCAAACCUAAGCAAACCCAACUGCAGGCCAAGACCCAGCAGACGGCGGGUCCCUCGGCACCCCCGAAGAUUUACCCCGAGAUUGAGGAUCCCUCAUGGACAGAGCCUCAGCCUCCCCCUUAUCCUUUGCCACAGCCAUCGGCACCCCAGAUUCCAGCGCCUGCUGAGAGGGACGGGGUAGAGGGGCCCGCGGCGGGGACGCGGAGCCGGAGAGGCCGCAGUCCAGAGGGAGACUUCACGAUUGCCUUGCCCCUCCGCGCUUAUGGCCCACCAACGGGCCCUGAUGAAUUAGUCCCUUUGCAGUAUUGGCCUCUCUCCUCAGCUGACCUAUAUAAUUGGAAAAAUAAUCACCCUUCCUUUUCAGAAAAUCCUGCAGGCCUGACCAGGCUUCUUGAAUCCAUUAUGUUUUCCCACCAGCCCACUUGGGAUGAUUGUCAACAGCUCCUGCAGAUACUUUUUACCACAGAGGAGAAGGAAAGGAUCCUGUUGGAAGCCAGAAAGAAUGUCCCCGGACCAGAUGGGACCCCCACUAAUCUCCCUAAUCUUAUAGAUGAAGCUUUCCCUCUGACCCGUCCGGCCUGGGAUUUCAACACUGCGGAAGGUAGGGAGCGUCUCACAGUAUACCGCCGGACUCUAGUGGCGGGGCUCAAGGGGGCCGCUCGGCGACCCACCAAUUUGGCUAAGGUAAGAGAAGUUCUCCAGGGACCGGCAGAACCGCCCUCUGUGUUCUUAGAGCGAUUGAUGGAGGCUUAUAGGAGAUAUACGCCGUUUGAUCCCUCCUCGGAGGGACAACAGGCAGCUAUAGCCAUGGCCUUCAUAGGGCAGUCUGCCUCAGAUAUUAGGAAAAAGUUACAAAGAUUAGAAGGGCUCCAGGACUACACUUUGCGAGAUUUAGUAAAAGAAGCAGAGAAGGUGUAUCAUAAGAGAGAAACAGAGGAAGAGAAACAAGAGAGAGAAAAAAGAGAGGCAGAUGAGAGAGAGAACCGGCGUGAUCGCCGGCAAGAGAGAAACUUAACUAAGAUUUUGGCCGCAGUGGUAGGUGAUAGAAGGGCAGAGAGAGGACAGUCAGGGUACCUGGGCAACGGAGCAAGAAGACCUCUAGGAGAAGAAAGACUACCGCUUAAAAAGGAUCAAUGCUUAUACUGUAAAGAAAGAGGACAUUGGGCCAGGAACUGCCCUAAAAAGAAACAGAGAGGAUCCAAGGUAUUGACCUUUGAAGAGGACUAGGGGAGUCGGGGCUCGACUCCCCUCCCCGAGCCUAGGGUAACUCUUUCAGUGGAGGGGACUCCUGUCGAUUUUUUGGUAGACACAGGAGCGGAACAUUCAGUUUUGACCAAGCCACUGGGACAAUUGGGGCAAAGAAGGACUAUGGUAAUGGGAGCCACUGGUAGUAAACUUUACCCCUGGACCACUAAACGAGUUUUAGAUAUAGGAAAAAGCCAAGUGACUCAUUCUUUUCUUGUGAUUCCUGAAUGCCCCAUGCCCCUAUUGGGAAGAGACUUAUUAACCAAACUCAAGGCUCAAGUGCAGUUCACCACAAAAGGACCGAAGAUAACCUGGGAAGAGGCCCCUGUUGCAUGUUUGGUUUUAAGUUUAGAAGAAGAAUAUCGCCUCCAUGAGCAGAAUCCCAAACAGCUACUAGCCCCUGAGUGGCUAUCUGCUUUUCCUGAAGUCUGGGCUGAGCAGGCAGGGAUGGGGUUGGCCAAACAGGUACCGCCAGUAGUAGUGGAUUUAAAAGCCGAUGCCACUCCAGUUUCAGUCAAACAAUACCCUAUGAGUAGGGAAGCUAAAGAAGGCAUCCGGCCACAUAUUCAGAGACUGUUACAACUAGGGAUUCUAGUGCCUUGCCAAUCCCCUUGGAACACUCCUCUCCUGCCUGUACGCAAACCUGGGACUAAUGAUUAUCGGCCAGUACAGGAUUUAAGAGAAGUUAACAAAAGGGUACAGGACAUUCACCCUACGGUUCCAAAUCCUUACAAUUUACUGAGUUCUCUACCACCAGAGCGGACUUGGUACACUGUCUUAGACUUAAAGGAUGCCUUUUUCUGCCUUCGGUUGCAUCCCAACAGCCAGCCACUAUUUGCUUUCGAGUGGAGAGAUCCAGAAGGAAGACACACUGGUCAGUUGACCUGGACACGGCUACCCCAGGGGUUCAAAAAUUCCCCUACUCUCUUCGAUGAGGCACUCCAUCGAGACCUUGCACCCUUUAGGGCACAGAACCCCCAGAUUUCUCUCUUGCAGUACGUUGAUGACCUACUGAUUGCUGCUUCAACCCAAGAACUGUGUUGUGAUGGGACUAAAAAGCUCCUAAAUGAAUUGGGUAAGUUGGGGUACCGGGUGUCUGCUAAAAAAGCUCAGCUGUGUCGCACUGAGGUGACCUACCUAGGAUACACUCUCCGAGAAGGAAAGCGGUGGCUCACCGAAGCUCGAAAGAAAACUGUGAUGCAGAUCCCGACCCCCACCACUCCGCGACAAGUACGUGAGUUUCUGGGGACGGCGGGCUUUUGUAGACUCUGGAUACCGGGGUUCGCAACACUGGCAGCCCCUUUGUACCCUCUUACAAAAGAAAAGGUCCCAUUUACCUGGACCGAGGAGCACCAAAGAGCCUUUGAGGACAUAAAAGCUGCACUAUUGACAGCCCCUGCUCUGGCCUUGCCAGAUUUGACUAAGCCUUUCACCUUAUAUGUUGAUGAACGGGCUGGAGUAGCCCGUGGGGUCUUAACUCAGGCUCUGGGGCCCUGGAAACGCCCGGUAGCCUACUUGUCAAAAAAGUUAGACCCGGUCGCCAGCGGAUGGCCCUCCUGUCUAAAAGCCAUUGCUGCCGUGGCCCUGCUUGUUAAAGAUGCUGACAAGCUUACCCUAGGUCAACAUGUGACUGUCAUUGCUCCCCAUGCUCUGGAGAGUAUCGUGCGGCAGCCCCCGGACCGGUGGAUGACUAACGCCCGGAUGACUCACUAUCAGAGCCUGUUGCUGAAUGAACGAGUGACUUUCGCCCCACCUGCCAUUCUUAAUCCUGCUACUCUUCUCCCUGAGAUACAUAACUCCACCCCAAUACAUCAAUGUGUCGAUAUCCUGGCGGAAGAGACCGGAACAAGGAAGGACCUGACUGAUCGACCAUGGCCAGGUGUGCCUGCUUGGUACACGGAUGGUAGCAGUUUUGUGGUGGAAGGAAAAAGGAGAGCGGGAGCGGCAGUGGUGGAUGGAAAACAGGUAAUCUGGGCAAGUAGUCUUCCAGAAGGAACUUCAGCUCAAAAAGCCGAACUUGUGGCUUUGACUCAGGCCUUGCGAUUGGCAGAAGGUAAGGCCAUUAACAUUUAUACCGACAGCCGGUAUGCCUUUGCUACAGCCCACAUACAUGGAGCCAUCUAUAAGCAAAGGGGGCUACUCACUUCGGCGGGAAGAAGCAUCAAAAACAAAGAAGAGAUUUUAGCCCUUUUAGAGGCAGUACAUUUGCCAAAGAAGGUGGCCAUUAUUCAUUGUCCAGGUCACCAAAAAGGAGAAGAUCCUAUAACAAAAGGGAACCAAAUGGCGGAUCUUGUGGCAAAGCAGGUGGCCCAACAGGUAACAAUACUAGCAGAAAAGAGUCAGACUCCAGCGGAAACUCCAGUCACUGAUGACUCUAACCACAUUUAUUCAGCCGAUGAUUUUAAAAUAUUAGAAGAUAUGGUUAGUAAAAAACAAGCUCAAGAAUUCAGCUUUGAUGGGGUAGCGCGGACUAUAGAUGGGCGAGUGAUCCUGCCAACAAAAGAAGGAGUAAGUUAUGUUCAGAGACUGCACCAGUUGACUCAUUUGGGAGCAGAUAAGCUAAAACAACUUGUCAAAGCUUCUAAAUACCAUGUGUUAAAUUUAAAUUCAACAAUUAGGCAGGUGAUUGACUCUUGCCAGGCCUGUGCGCUUACUAACGCCGCUAGGCCCUAUCAUGAACCUGGAAAAAGAAGACGAGGAGACCGACCGGGAGUCUACUGGGAAGUAGAUUUUACUGAAAUAAAGCCAGGAAAAUACGGUAAUAAAUAUCUAUUAGUCUUUGUUGAUACCUUUUCAGGAUGGGUAGAGGCUUUCCCCACUAAAUCUGAAACUGCUCAGGUGGUGGCCAAGAAGAUUCUUGAAGAAAUCUUACCCCGGUUUGGUGUACCCAAGGUAAUCGGCUCAGAUAAUGGGCCAGCUUUCGUUGCCCAGGUAAGUCAGGGAUUGGCCUCGCAACUGGGGACAGAUUGGAAAUUACAUUGUGCAUAUAGACCCCAGAGUUCAGGACAGGUAGAAAGAAUGAAUAGAACUCUAAAAGAGACCCUAACUAAAUUAGCCAUUGAGACCGGUGGUAAAGACUGGGUGACUCUCCUUCCCUUUGCGCUUCUUAGGGUCCGAAACACACCCGGACGUUUCGGCCUCACUCCUUAUGAGAUUCUCCAUGGGGGACCGCCCCCCUUGACUGAGUCCAGUGGGAUAUUGGAUCCCAGUGUCGACUCUUCCUCAUCCUCUGCUUUGUUUACUCAUCUAAAGGCUCUAGAAGUUGUCAGAACACAGAUCUGGGACCAGAUAAAAGAAGCCUACGCACCGGGAACUUCAGAGGUGCCCCACGGGUUCCAGGUUGGAGAUUCGGUCUUAGUCAGACGACAUCGCACCGGCACUCUAGAGCCUCGGUGGAAAGGACCAUAUCUGGUGUUGCUGACUACCCCCACGGCAGUAAAAGUGGACGGGAUCGCUGCUUGGAUUCACGCCUCCCACAUCAAGAGAAUACCCAAUCAAAAUGAAGACAACAACUGGACGGUGGCAACUACUGAUAAUCCUCUUAAGCUUCGCCUGUGCCGCAGAGCAAACCCUCCGCAGCCAGCGGCGAACCCUCCGCAGCCAGCUAGAAAACCCACAUACGGACCACCAAAACCUACAAUAUCGGAGUUCCUGGCCGCCGCCGAUAAGAUCCAGGCCGCUGCAAAUGCUAUCGCCAAAUAUGGACCUCCAACCGAAGAACCUGCUGCUGCUAUCAAUGAUCUAACUAAAGAGCCCCUUUCCAUUUCAGAUACUCCCAUACCACCAGAUGUUGAUACUGAAAAUCGUCUAUUUGGCUUAAUGCAAGGGGCAUUCCUGGUCUUGAAUCGUACCUAUCCUAAUGCUACUCAGUCUUGUUGGAUGUGCUAUACCCCUAGCCCCCCAUAUUAUGAGGGCAUUGCUCAGGUCAGAGGUUACAACAAAACAACAGAUCACUCUCAAUGCCGUUGGGGACAAAACCUCAAGUUUACUCUAACAGAAAUUUCAGGAAAAGGGCUUUGUAUAGGCCGGGUACCCCGUGACAAACAGUAUCUUUGUAAUCAAACGCAAACCGUCCUGCCUGGGAGAGAAGAUCAGUAUUUAGUACCCCCCUUGGACACAGUAUGGGCUUGCAACGAUGGUCUCACUCCUUGUGUAUCAACUCUUGUUCUCUAUGCUUUAGAAAGAUAUUGCAUUUUAAUACAAAUUGUCCCUAAACUCCUGUACCAUGAUGAUAGCUCUUUUUUAGAUGAGUUUGAUCACCGAAGCCGCUGGAAGAGAGAACCUAUCACCUUGACCUUUGCGGUACUCAUGGGACUGGGAGUGGCGGCUGGAGUUGGUACGGGUACCGCUGCAUUAAUUCAGACUCCCCUAUAUUAUAAGGAAUUGCGAGCAGCUAUAGAUACUGAUCUUAGAUCCAUAGAACAAUCUAUAACUAAACUAGAAGAGUCUUUAACUUCCCUGUCUGAAGUAGUACUACAAAAUAGGAGGGGAUUAGACUUAUUAUUUCUCAAAGAGGGAGGACUUUGUGUGGCCCUGAGAGAAGAAUGUUGUUUUUACGUUGAUCAUUCAGGAGUGAUCAAAGAUUCAAUGGCUAAGCUCAGAGAACGCUUAGAUUUACGUCAAAAAGAAAGAGAAAACAGACAGGGAUGGUUUGAAGGCUGGUUUAAUAAAUCCCCAUGGUUAACUACUCUUCUUUCUACUUUGGCAGGACCCAUUAUAAUACUUAUGCUUCUACUUACUCUCGGGCCAUGCAUACUCAAUAGACUGAUAGCUUUUAUAAAAGAAAGAGUGAGCGCUGUUCAGGUAUUGGUUCUGCGACAACAGUACCAAGAGUUACAAUGGGAUGAACAAUCGCUCUAG